CGUCCUCUGGCGUCGUCGCGCGACAUUGAGCCGCGUAUAAAACUCUGCGCGAGCUUCAGGAGAGCAUUCUGCGGCUGCGCCUGCAACAGACGGUGAACAAACACCUUCAUCUUUACAGGAAACAGCUACAAGAUGAGUUCUGCUCAGAGCCUGGAGUCCAAACUGAAGGCCCUGGAGUGCCACUUCACCUGGGAUCUGGAGCCAAAAGAGAGCAAAGUCUUCCGUAUCAAGGACAAGCUGGAGGACAUCGGUACUGAGGAGGGAAACUUCUGGCUGGGUCACAUUUACAACCUGCAGGGAUUCAUCCAGUACCAGCUGGGCUCCACUGAAGAUGCCCUGAAGCUCUUCAACCAGGCCACUGAGACCUUCAAGCAGCAGAAGAACACAGAUGAAGGUCCCUGGUUGAUGGUGAACUUUGGGAAUCUGGCUUGGCUGCACCAUCAUCUGGGUGAAAAUGACAAGAGUCAGGAUUACCUGUCAAAGAUUGAUGCUGUGAAGAAGAAGGGGGAGCUCCAUCAAGAGGUCUAUGCUGAGAAGGCCUGGACCCUGAUGAAGUUUGAUAAAGCAAAGAAGCUGGAGGCUACAGAGCUCUUUCUUAGAGCCAUCCGGAUGCAGCCGGACACAGUGGAAUGGCAGAGCAGCCGUAUGAUAGGGCUGCUGAGCAUUUUUAAACACAGCGAUGAGGAACCAGAGGCUGACAACUUGGAGGACCUGAGAGUUGCCAGAGAAGAAGAUCCAGGAAACUUGUACCUCGCUGCUGUUGAACUGAAACAAUGUGCCAAGAGAGGUGAGCAAAGUAAAGAUGAAGUACAGGAGCUAGUACAGGAGCUGUCAGAGAAGAUUUUACUGAAUCCUAUCAGCAGCUACAGCGGCAUCAAACCACUGCUGAGGAUCUACAGACAAAACGAAUCCUUCGAUGAUGCAAUCGACGUGGCAGAAAGGGCCCUCAAGGUGGAUCCAGAUUCCCGGUACCUGAAGAGAUGCGCUGCUCUCUGCUACAAAUGGAAGAUAACAUUUUCCAGGGACAGACGCCCAAAUCAAAGCACUUUUGACCGAGCAAUCAGCCUGUUGGAGGACGUCAUCUCUCUCUACCCUCAUUCUUCUUUAACAAAGAAGGUGGACCUUGCAAGUGUAUUGGCCAAGUCCGGUCGCGGACUGAUGAAAUCAAAUCAGAUCUUUGAGGAGCUGCUGCAGACAGCUGUGGAUCCUGGAGAUCAACAGAUGCUCUUCAACAGCUAUGCCAAGUACCUCCACUUCGACCGAAAGGAAGGGAACAUGUCGAUAAAGUAUCACAUGAAGGCAGCAGCCAUAAAUCACGAGUCCUUCUGCCGGAUGCACAGCAUCAAGGCGCUGGAGAAGAUCCGAGACCGCGGCAGGCACAGAAUGUGCAGAGAAAUCCAGGAGUUUCUGGAAAACCUGAAAGACGUCAAGACUGUGUGAACUCCAGACUUUCAAAGAACAGAUCCGUUUCUAACGUUCUUUUAAGAAGAGAUCUUGUGAAUUUACUGAUGAUUCCAACCUUCACAAAAUUAUUUCAGUUUUAGCUUUAGCCUGAUUCUUUCAGGGAUAAUAUUAGACAUGACUGAUUCAAACAAACUGAAUAUCAAACACAAUGUAACAUUUGUUAAACAAUCUAGUUUUAAUUUCUUUCAUAUUUCCGGUAUUUGGUAAUGUAAUUUGUUUCAGCCUUUAUUCACAUGUCAACAGGAACAUAUAGUUAAAGGUUUGGGGGAUUUUAAUCAGAUGUCUAUUAUUUUAAAUAAACCAAAAUAUAUCACUUUAAGAUUCCCUUAUGUCAUUUUUCAGUUCUUUCACUCAGAUCAAGUAUUAUAAAACACACAACAGUCACCAGUUCCAGCCAAUCAGACUGUAUGUAUAUCAUUUUUAUUCCUUUGGAAUUAAAUGCAAAAAUUAAAUAAAUCAUACAACAUUU